AUGACAUGCUGCUCCUUGGUCACCAUUGAAGCGAGCAGAUCGACAGAAUCCAUCAACAACUACCAACGUCCAACGUCCAACGCCAUCGGGAAAAUGGAUCAGACGGAUUCGACUGUCUGCGGGGAGCCCGAAGAACGGCGCCACCAACCCAAACGACAACGGAUCGUCGAGGGAUCCUGCUGGCCCUGCAAGCAACGUCGCGUGAAAUGUGACCUACAGAAAUCAUCCUGCCGGAGGUGCGUGCUGUCCGGCACCCAGUGCAGCUAUGACAAGCUGGUCCUCCGGUGGCGAGGCAGACCGACCAGGACUGCACCCUUCCUCCAGCAAGUCUUCUCCGACGUCGCCGACGGGUCUGGGACACCUCUGGCCACGAACGAGCGUCGGGCCCUCGACUACUUCAAGGCCCGGCUGUGGCCUCUUCUGUCAACUGCAGACCGACCAUGCUCCCCGCCCAUCUCCCUGGCUCUACGAUCCCGCCCGGUGCUCCAAGCGGCUUGCAUCUUCGCCGAGUCGCACCGAGCCCUCCAGGAACGAGGCCAGUCGAGAGAGGCGCUGAUGAGCCGGCGCCUGAACUGCAUGGCAUCCAUACGCGGACAGCUGGGUAGUGACAGUGCUGAACGCCAGAUGCUGGACUGUCUCCUGGUCGCUGUGCUACUUUUGUACCUUCUAGACGGCUUCGUCGACUGCAACCAGCAGCAUGCAUCUACGCAGGCGCAUUAUGCUGGAGUGUUGGCCAUCCUCGACGCUCUGGGUGGUUUCGAGUCAGCGUGGAAGUCAUCUGAAAGGGAGACCUGCAUGCUGCUCUCGGAAUUCGCAUCUACGGACUUGACUGACGCGCUGCUGCAGGGUCGGAAGCCCUGCUUUCCGCCCACUAUUUGGCAGCAGAUCCAGUCUGGACCUGUAUGGUGGCAAACCACGAGCCAGGGCACAAGAUCUCUCGCCUCUGUCUUGGGCACUAUGGCGGAGAUGGCAUUUUAUUCACAGGAUAUUCGGGAUGGGCAGGAACUUUGCAGAGACAAAGUCGUCGAGUUUGAACGCGCACUACAGCCCACAUACUCGAUACUCGAAAGCGAUACUUUCAUGGAGAAGGAACUCGUCCGAGCAUCGGAUCCCGCCAGGAUGCCCGAGGUAUUUGCCAACGCGUUCGUCAGAGCAUUUCAACAUGCUGGUUUGAUCUAUCUCUAUAGAGUGAUCUGCAACCUGCCAACUCGCCAUCUCCUCCUCCAACAACACGUCCACGCCUGUCUCGAUUGCAUACAGGGCAUUGAUCUCAACUGCAAAGCACAGAACUGUGCAUUGUUCCCCUUGUACGUUGCAGGGGCCCAUUCCCUGUCCAAGGUGCAUCGGGAUUGCGUCUUGCUCCGACUCGACGGCAUCUACGCCGCUCUCAGAUUUGAGGCUGUUCUGUCUAUCCGCGCAGCUUUGGAGAGCUUGUGGAAGUCCGAGAGGCAGUUAGAGACCUGGUCAAGUGCUUUCCAAGACCUUGCUGUGGGCACUUUGGUCCUGUGA